AUGGAAGAAAGCACCGAUGCUCCCUUUCUGCCCAGUGGUGCAGGAUCGGGCCUGGACCCGUACGCCAUUCCUGGGAAUAUGGCGGAUCAACUUGUCUCGCCUGGGCCAUAUGUAGACGGAGAAAUUACAGAUCUCCUAUCUAAUGGAAUAUCUCUUGGCUAUGGUGGAUUGGACUGGUUAGACAUUCAGCUCCAAGAGCACUUGCCGCCCAUCAACAUUGCUAUCAACACCGCCCAUUCAAAGGAGCUCAUCAUGACACCACCGACAGAUGUCUGCUAUCAAAGUGGACAUGAAAUACACCUGCUAUCCUCACCAAGUUGGCAUAACGCCACCCAAUCACAAAAUAUGCCGAUGAAUCCAGCAUUCCCACGGCCUGGCCCUACCCAACCAACUGUACACCAGUGGCCAUUCGAUGGGACUCGCGAACAGGUACAUCCAAGGUAUCGGCUAUCACCUCUACGCGAUGUUCUACAGGGAAUCUUUAAUUCUACACCAAAUUCAUCCAAUCCGUUGAUGAGAAGUCUCGUUGAUCUGCUUUCCAACAAGUAUGUUCCAAAGCUAGACGAGAACACGAAUGACUAUGAAGCUUUACGAGCAAUGCAUCUUCUACAACGGGCAGUCGAUUCUUUCAUAUCUCAGUUCCACAGUGUUCUUCCCACGAUUCACAUACCGACGCUUAAGUUAUCGAGUUGCCCUACAGUCCUUCUGACAAGUAUGGCAUGUAUCGGCGCAAUGCUUCUAGAAGAUACGGAUGCGCUAGAUAAAGCUGAGGCAUUCAGCAAAAUAUGUGCUACCGUAAUACUUUGGCUAGGAGGCUCCGACGCCAAUAGUUAUUGCGAUCUCGACUAUCUUACUGCGUGCUGUUUCUACCAAAUAUAUUCUCUGGGUUCAGGGAAUAGACAGUUGUAUCAAGAUGCGGAUAGGUCCCGUGGAGUUCUCAUUGGAAGCCUUCGAGGUAUGGGCUUAUUUAAGUCCCAAAUUCCGUACGAAGUAGACAAGAGCGUCCCCCAACUACAAGCCUCAGCCGGAACGGCAGAAACAGAAGCAAGCUGGCUCCAGUGGAGAAACCAAGAGCAGGAGAAACGGCUAGCAUGGUCGGUGUUUGAGUAUGAUUGCAGCCUUUGCACCCUCACCAACCGUCGAGGUAUGGUGGAUCUUGGGGAAUUGCCAUCAAAGCUACCCUGUCCUGAGGCUCUGUGGGAAGCACCUUCAGCGCAGGCAUGGAGGACUCUCUCUUCUCGUUCCUCAACGGUCUAUUUCGGGCUUUCACUAAUGUUAGUGAUUCGUGCUAUAACGGCUGGGAAGAAGAUGCCGAAUGGGUUAUCUUCCUGGGGUAGACGACUCUGUGGUCAGGUUAUUGGUCGACUGCUUUGGGACUUGAAGCAAAUGGAGGGCAUGUCCAUACUCCGAUCCCUAGGACUACCACCGCUCUUCUCAGUUGAGAACCAAACCAAGUUCAAGCUUCUCCAAACUUUUGACAAUCUCGCACGUGAGAUUCCAAACCCGGAGUCUACAAAGGAGCUAAUAGAUUCCAAUAUCACUCAACUCAUUAUUCAUUACUCAUUCCUGAAUAGCGCCGAAAACGUGAUGGAACUGGUUGUCUUCCUCGUGCGAGUUUCUGCUACCAAGGUGUCGCCUUCUGGUGAAGCAAACUUGGACGCUGCAAAGCGACAACUGAGAAAAAGUUUUGGCUCGGACCUGUGCUUGACACGCAAGUUAGUAUGGCACGCUGCACAAAUAAUUGGUGUUGCCGACGAAUAUCUCGUUUCGGCACCAUGUGAGAUUUUGCGAGUCUUCAUGGGCUGUAUAUUCCUAAUAGCCUUUGCAAAAUAUUCACCUGCGAUCUCGGGAACAGGCUCAUCCAAUACUGUUGAAUUGGAUAGAAUCAGCAAGGAACCUGGACAGACUGAACUUGUUAAUGCUUGGAUUCGAAAUGGUGGGACUGCUACUAUUGCUGGCGCCGAGGCUACCAAUUCGAGUCAAUUUGUCGCCCAUAUUAACAACCAUACUCAAGACUUGAUGCGGAAAGUACACUUCUGGGGACUUUCACAAAAGUUUAGCCAGAUCCUUCAGAUAUUCCAAGAUAUUGAUAGUUAG